GCAUUCUCGCGAGAACAUUCGAGAUAACAACAAACAUGGCGAGUGCUCUUGCAGCUUUCUCGAAAUGUCACAUUUAAAGUCCAUUUUCAACUUGAUAAGUACCCUGAUGGUGAUUACCAGCACUUAUAAAAAGUUCUUCAGAGCCUUAGAAAGGUUCUAAUGGACAACAGUAUUGUGAAAGACCUGGAAAACUUGCAAGUGUUCUCCACAUAUGACAUUUACAAGAUGGAUGAACUGGUCCAAGAUCUGACCAAUGCUUUAGAGGAGAGUUCCAAGCAGAAUGAGAGGAGAGCCAAAAGUGACGAUGGUAUGUCUAUGGGCUAUGUCAGGACAAGAGCUUGCAAGAAACGCAAGAAUAAAAAACGAAGGACAAGCCAAAACUUUCAUGUGGAGUUUGGAAACAUGACUGAGGCUUCUGAAUCCAGUUUAGAUGGUGCUUUGAAGGAUUACAUGGAGAACGCUGCUCAGCAAAGUGACUCAGAUGAUCUGGCCAUAGCAAGGCGUUUCUCUUCAUUGGCUUUACCCCAACAUGCCAUCUCAUUAGCAGAAUCAGACUCUGUAACAGAAACUGUAUCACCACUGAGGGCUCAGAGUAGACGAAGAAGAAAAUUCAAAAUGGCAGUUGAUCCAGACCCUGGUUCAGAUAUUGCUAUGCAGGAAUACAAACCACGAAAAAAGAGAAUGAAAGGAAAAGGAUCUCUGAAAGACAAGAGCAUGGAUAGUGAUAAAGAGGGUGGGAUGGCAUCAAAGAAAAGAAGUUUUAAAGAGAUGGCCAGUAAAGAGAAUGUCUUAGAUGGCGGAGAUAAAAUGGAAACUGAGAAAUGGCAGGACAGCACCAGUAGUUCUCUGAGCAGCAGUGAACCAGAAACUUAUGAUGAAGAAGGACAAGAUGGUGAUGAUGAACAAAGUGAUUUCUUCCAUGAGACUGGCCCUGUGUGUGGGAUCCCUGGUAUUAUUCCAUGGUGGGAAAAACAGAAGAUAGAAGAGGAUUCACAAGACAAAAAAUUCAAGGAAAUCCUCAAUGGGAGUUUGGACCAUAUGUCUGUGGAAUCCAGGAGAGGUUUCCAGGCUCGCUUAAAGAAGGUGGCUGGUUUGCAUGGCAGAGAAAUAAGACUAGGAAGAAGGAGAUUAAAAGACAGGAGGCCAGGAUACACUGCAUACAAGUUCUUCCAAGACAGACACCAGAAGAAAUCUGAUCCAUCCGGGCUCUGGCAGUUAGCAUCUCCAAACCAGUCUGGGGACGUUAAAAGGAGGAGGAAAACUCCCCCAACAAGUCCUGUUGAUGAAGAUUUAGUUGGAGGUGAUGCCAGUCCAAUCCCAGAGGACAACAUAGGCAACAAGAUGUUACAGACCAUGGGGUGGGUCCCAGGGACAGGAUUGGGUCCCACAGGAAGUGGAAUGCAGACACCCAUUACAGCACAUCUACGUCAGCGGAGGCAGGGCCUUGGUGCUAAUGUUGAUGAUGAAAGAGAAACAAAAAGUGAUGAAUGA